UCUCUCUCUCUCUCUCUCUCUGGUGGAGAUAUAAAUGCUCGCUCCGUGCUCUCUCGUGCUCAGACAGACAGAUACGUGAGGAUAAAACUCUGAGUUAUAAAAACAACAAAACAAUAAAGAGCGAUGGAAUCUGCUGCAAUGAACUUUCACUGGAAACUCUGAAGCGAAAAAUACUUGGGUAAAAAUAGCCUCGGUUUCUCUGCUCUGAUGGUCCGGAGCGCCGCUGAUCUGCUGCCGUUACCGGAGGAGAGUCACAGCGCGAGCUGAUCUCCUGCUCGUUACCGGUGUGUGUGUGUGUGUGUGUGUGUGUGUGUGUGUCAGAUGAGCUCAUCAUGGGUGAAGCGUUCACACACACACAGCGCUGCGGGAAACAUCUGCGACUGCUGCUCUUCAUACUGCUGCCAUGUGUGUGUGUCCUCAUCUGUGUGUGUGUGCUGCUGCUGGCGCUCACAGGUUUAUUUGGGAAUGGUCUGCUGGAUGCUGGAUCUUCUGUUUCCGUAGUGACCGCGGGGCCCUUUAACAGCACUGACCCGGGGCCGAUGAUGGCCGAUAACGGGACGAUGUCUCCUCAGCAGGUAGUCCUGACGAACACCCCUCCUCAGUGGGACUCGGCUCACUGGAUGCCCCGCUCCGACACGUCCUCCUCAUCAUCACCGGCGGGCCCCACCACCACGGCCCCUGGGGACCCCGGGACAUCUGUCUCUACUGUGACGAGUGCUGACGCUGCAGGUUUCUGCUCUGACAUCACAGAGAGUCAGUGUCACAUGCUGCCGUACAACCAGAGCGGCGUGUUGCCGGGGACAACGGUCGUCAAGAGCGGCGAGCUGCAGAUGUUCCUCAAGUUCUUCAGCUACCUGAGCCGACUGUCCUGCUACAGACACAUCAUGCUGUUUGGAUGCUCCAUCGCUCUCCCACAAUGCAUCAGUCACAGAGACCGCAGGACUCUGGUUCUUCCCUGUCAGUCGUUCUGUGAAGCGGCUCGUGAGGGAUGUGAGCCCGUGCUGCAGAUGUUUAACGCGUCCUGGCCGGAGUUCCUGCGCUGCUCUCAGUUCUCCAACAACACAGGAGCCCCGGGAGAAAACACGGCACUGUGCUACACACCACGACACGCCAGAGGAAAGCUCACUGCCUGCGGAGGAAGAGAUCACUUCCUGUGUGCCACUGGAAUAUGUGUCCCCCUUAAACUAGUGUGCAACGGAUACAACGACUGCGACGACUGGAGCGACGAGGCCGACUGCACGUGCGCCGAGGCUCAGUAUCUGUGUUCCACCGGCCGCUGCAUCGGCUCUGAUCUGCUGUGCGACGGCUACGAUGACUGCGGCGAUCUGAGCGACGAGCAGAACUGUGUGUGUGACCCAGCAGAAGAGCAUCGCUGUGGAGAAGGACGCUGUAUUCCUCGAGACUGGCUGUGUGACGGAGAUCAUGACUGCCUGGACAAGAGUGACGAGCUGAACUGCUCGUGUAAGUCCCAGGGUUUAGUGGAGUGCAGGAACAAGCAGUGUAUACCCAGCGCUUUCCGCUGUGAUGGUGAAGAUGACUGUAAAGAUGGCAGUGAUGAAGAGAACUGCACACAACAUCAGACUCAGGGUUUGUGUCCUCCUGGUCAGUCCAGCUGUACUUCAACCUCCUGCUCCUCGGGCUGUCAUGGAAACAUGUCAUGUGACCUGCGCAACACUAGCAACAAUUGCAGUGGCUGUGAGCCCAUCUCUCUGGAGAUCUGCAUGAAUCUGCCCUAUAACUUCACCCGCUUCCCCAACUAUCUGGGUCAUCACUCUCAGAAGGAGACGUCCGUGAGCUGGGAGUCCUCCCUCUUUCCUGCGCUCGUUCAGACAAACUGCUACAAAUAUCUCAUGUUUUUUGCGUGUACGGUGCUCGUGCCAAUGUGUGACCCUGUGACACAGCAGAGAGUACCGCCCUGCAGGUCUUUGUGCAGGAAUUCUAAGGAACGAUGUGAAUCAGUGCUGGGAAUUGUGGGAUUGCAGUGGCCUGAGGAUACCGACUGUGCUCAGUUUCCAGAGGAAGGUCAAGCAAAUAGUUCCUGUUUGCUUCCUGACCCGGAUGUGAACGAGUGCUCACCCAGUCACUUCAAGUGUCGCUCAGGAAGGUGCGUCCUCUCAUCCAAACGCUGUGAUGGACACACAGACUGUGAUGAUGACAGCGAUGAGGAAACAUGUGGGUGUGUGGAGCGGGGCUUGUGGGAAUGUCCUGGAGACAAAAGCUGCAUCCAUCACACCAUGAUCUGUGACGGCUUUCCUGACUGCAGCCAGCAGGAGGACGAGAAGAACUGCUCUGUGUGUAGCACUCAUGAGAUGGAGUGUAACAAUCAUCAGUGUGUUCACCGCUCGCUGUGGUGUGACGGCAGAAGACACUGCUCCGACAGCUCAGACGAGUGGAACUGUGUGUCUCUGUCUGACGAGGGUUUAGUGGUGGUGCAUAAGGCCGGGAUGGAGUAUCGGGUGUGUGCCGAUGGAUGGAGCUCAAACCUCAGCAGCGUCGUGUGCACACAGAUGGGUUUAGGCUCUCCUCUCUCUGCAGACGCUGUACUUGACGUGUCGUCUGCUGCUGGACGGAGGCGCUGGCUGCAUGUUGACCCAGACUGGAAUCCUCAGAACAUGUUUCCUCUACAGGGCAUGCUGGAAAAGAGAGGACAGAGCUGCCCAUCACACAAGAAGAUCUCACUGAAGUGCACAAGAGAUGAAUGUGGCCGUCGGCCUGCUGCCCGAAUGGUGAAAAGGAUUCUGGGAGGCCGCACAAGUCGCCCGGGCCGAUGGCCGUGGCAGUGCUCCCUACAGAGUGACCCCAGCGGACAUAUCUGUGGCUGUGUACUCAUCGGAAACAAGUGGGCACUAACUGUAGCACACUGCUUUGAGGGGCGUGAGAGUGCAGACGUGUGGAAGGUGGUUCUUGGCAUCAAUAAUCUGGAUCAUCCGUCUUCAUACAUGCAAACACGCCGCGUCAAAAGCAUCAUUGUCCACUCGCGCUACAACCGGGCCGUGGUGGACUACGACAUCAGCGUUCUGGAGCUGGAGACUGAGGUGGAGGUGACCAGUUACGUGCGUCCCGUUUGUCUGCCCAUCCAUGGUCAGCUGCCCAAAGCUGACCAGUACUGCCACAUCACUGGCUGGGGGCACGUGGGGAACAGAAUGCCGUUUAAGCUCCAGGAGGGAGAAGUGCGGAUCAUUUCGGUCUCUCAGUGUCAGUCUUACUUCGACAUGAAGACCAUCACGUCACGCAUGCUCUGUGCUGGAUACGAGGCAGGAACCAUCGACUCAUGCAUGGGGGACAGUGGUGGUCCGCUGGUGUGUGAGGAGGAUGACGGCCGCUGGUCUCUAUAUGGUUUGACUUCCUGGGGGUCUGUGUGUUUCUCUAAGGUCCUGGGCCCUGGCGUCUACGCCAAUGUGACGCACUUCACUGAGUGGAUUGAGAGACAGAUAUACCUGCGCACAUUUAACCUGCUGUAGGUUAACACACACACACACAUGCUCAUAAACACACUCACAUACACCAUGCACUGCACAUGCACACACACUUAUAAACGCACACACAUGCACACUCACACUCACCUGCUUACACUCCUGUACAUACAAACUCAUUCUUGCACACACACUUCUAUACACACACACAAACAAACAAACACUAUUACACACAAACACACUUGUACACACACUCACAGCUGGAAAUGAACUGCACUUGAACAAGAACAAGAAGACUCUGUGAAUCUGAUAUACUGAUCAUUCCAAAAAGAGACGUGUGUGUGUUUAUUUGUGAAAUAUGAGGACACAAAUGUGUAUAAUGACGUAUGACACAUGAAUUACAAGGAGAAGGUGAUUUAUGAGGACAUUACCUCAUGUCCCCACUUUUCAAAACGCUUAUAAAACAUACAGAGUGAGUUUUUUUGAAAAUCUAAAAAUGUGAGUAAUUUUCUGUAAGAGGCAGAACAAUAACACACACAGUUUGUACAGUAAAAAACAUUACACCUAUGGAAUGUCCCCACAAUUCACAAAAAUUGUGUGUGUCAGUUGUUUCGGACAUAUGGCAAACGUCUAUCACGUGUCCUGGUGUCUCUGUGGCAGUAGUGUCUCAAGCUCUCCAGAGGGCGAUGGUGUUUUCUUCAGGUGGUCACAACAGAUGCUUUCAUUAUCAGACAGCUGCUGUAAACAUGUGGACAGUGACACUAACCUUGCUCUGCCAUGACAGUAAGCUGUUUGUGCUAAUACCAGCUAAAGCAGUCUUUAUAGACUCAAGCUGCGUUACUGAUGGAGAUUGGACUCAUUUUACAAUAAAACAAUGGCAGAAAGUAGUAUGAAGUGUGAGAGUUCACAAACUUCAGAAACAGAGAAUCACUUGUUCAUUGACUUAUAAACAACUGAAACAAACACUAGUGUGUGUGUGUGUGUGUGUGUGUGUUAAAAGUGAAUAAAACUGUUUAACACUUCCUGCAUCUGCAGCCCAUCAGCAAAACAGAUAUCUUCAGUAGAUGUUGACUUGCACUGUUUUUGUAGGUGCACUGAUUUCUGAGUUUCUGCAUUUAUAAACAGCUAUAAAUUGUCAUAAAAACCACUUCACACGAGGAGGGGAGUCAGGAUCUACCGUGCAGCUGUGAAGUGAGUGUGUUUUGACUCUGGUGUGAGGAUCUGUGCAGCGGUGUGUAAUUGGGUGGUGACCAGGUCAAAGGGCUCCUGCUGCUCACCUUAGUCUCCUCUCAGUGUUCUCUCUGCUGCUAUUGGUCGGUUCUAUAAACGGGCGGGACCUUUGAAACCUCUCAACCAAUGAUAUUCUCUGAGGGUUUAUGGUGUUGAUGCUGUCUUGUGUUUCUGGGAUUCUCUUGGUGUUAAACGUGUUUGUGUUUUAGUAAUAAUGUGCUGUGUAUGACUGUCACGAGCUUCUGCCUUUAAUGCAGCAUUCCAUCUGUUUUAAUUUUUUUAAAGAAUAUUUUUCUACUGAUUUUGUGCACAUAAAGCAGUAAAUCUGAACUCUGAUGUACUAUGUUUUUAAUGCUCUGUAAAUACAGUUCACAUUUCUGUAAAAAUGCGCAUUAAAGAUUUCUAUCCACUAUGUUGACCAGCUGCUUUAGCCAUUUAUUGUUCUGUCUGUAAUCUGAUCUACUCUGAGAUAUUCAUUCUGUCACCAGUGGGGUUUUGGUUCUUCUAGAUUACUUAGUUGGGGACAAUUUCUAGUGAUUAUCAUUGAUUUGAUUAUGUCUCUGCAUU